CAUAUCGGACGCAGAGAGGAAGCGACAGAGAGCAGUAGUAAACGGACGAGCUGCAGCUGAUAUACCCUGACACAAUAAUGUCUGUCUCGCCACCGCCAGUUUCUCUCAGGUAUCCGUUUACCGGAGCCUGAAUGGCGUUGGUAACUGUGCAGCGGUCGCCUACUCCAAGCGCAACAUCCAGCCCUUGCGUUUCGGAGUCUGGCAGUGGGGAAGAUGACCACCGAUCUCAGCCCAGAAGCAUCAGUGAGAGCUUCCUAACAGUAAAAGGUGCCGCCCUUUUCCUUCCACGUGGAAAUGGCUCCACUUCUUGCUCCACAAGAAUCACAGGACAGCGCAGUAAACAUGCAGGUGACCUUCAGCAGCACCUACAGACCAUGUUCACUUUACUGCGGCCAGAGGACAACAUCCGUCUGGCUGUACGGUUGGAGAGUGCCUUCAUUCAGUGCACCCGCUACAUGGUCGUGGUCUCCACUAAUGGCAGACAGGACACAGAAGAAAGUGUGGUGCUGGGCAUGGACUUCAACCCCUCCGACAGUUCCUGUUCCAUAGGCAUGGUGCUUCCCCUUUGGAGUGACACACGGAUUCACCUGGAUGGAGACGGGGGUUUCAGUGUGUCCACAGAUAACAAGAUGCACAUAUUCAAGCCAGUCUCAGUCCAAGCCAUGUGGUCUGCCCUGCAGUCUCUUCAUAAGGCCUGUGAGGUGGCCCGAUGUCACAACUACUUUCCGGGCAGUCUCUUCCUGACCUGGGUGAGUUACUACCAGAGCCACGUGUCCUCCGAUCAGGCCCGCAUCAAUGAGUGGAACGCCAUGCAGGAUGUGCAGUCCCACCGCGCAGACUCACCCGUACUCUUCUCUGAUGUGCCAACUGAGCGAGAGAGAACAGAGAGACUCAUAAAGACUCGUUUAAGAGAGAUUAUGAUGCAGAAAGACCUUGAGAAUGUGACUUCAAAAGAGAUCCGCACUGAGUUGGAAAUGCAGAUGGUGUGUAACCUUCGGGAGUUUAAAGAGUACAUCGAUAAUGAGAUGAUCAUCAUCUUGGGUCAAAUGGACAGGCCAACAGAGAUAUUUGAGCAUGUUUACCUGGGUUCUGAAUGGAAUGCAUCUAAUCUGGAAGAACUGCAAAACAGUGGGGUGCAAUACAUCCUUAAUGUGACGCGGGAGAUCGAUAAUUUCUUUCCAGGACUAUUUGAAUACCAUAAUAUCCGCGUUUAUGAUGAAGAGGCCACAGACCUUCUGGCUUACUGGAAUGACACUUACAAGUUCAUUUCUAGAGCCAAGAAAGCAGGAGCAAAGUGUCUAGUGCAUUGUAAGAUGGGAGUCAGUCGUUCGGCCUCCACUGUGAUUGCCUAUGCUAUGAAGGAGUAUGGCUGGGAUCUGGAACAGGCCUUUGAAUAUGUUAAAGAGCGUCGGGCUGUCACCAAGCCCAACCCUUCGUUUAUGAGACAACUGGAGGAGUAUCAGGGCAUUCUGGUGGCCAGCAAACAGAGGCACAAUAAGUUGUGGCGUUCCCACUCGGAUAGUGACCUGUCUGAGCACCAUGAGCCGCUGUGUAAGGCGCAGGCUGCACAGUCUCUGGGUCGCUCUAGUUCUCGCAACCAAACCAUCGGCCAGACCUCACCCUCAAUAGAGGAACUACUGCAGACUCUUACACCCACCUCAGCCAAUAUCACAGAAACUAAGAAUCAGGCAGAUCCUAACACCACAAAUUGGCCAGACACCCAUAUUUGCAACGGCCUGGGGAACCCAAGCGAACACCUCCAUGAACCCUUUAAGGACCCUUCCCUCCCCAUACCCAAGGCUGCCACCAUGAUGCCGGAGGCCAGAUCUGAUCUCACCUCCGUCACUAUUGCCGAGACAGUCUCAUUGGGUCAUCCUCAUCCACCAGCCGCUAUACACCAUCCUCCCUCGUCCCCCAGGCUUCUCUCAGAUGCAACGGUCAAGCAAGUGCUCCCAGAGCAGCCUGAGGUGUCCAAUCUUGUGCCUUUGGAGAAGUCUGGUACUAUGGUCCUUUUGUCUGUGAAUGUUAGGAGUAGAACCCCUGAGCCAUGCACACAGGCCCUGGGUUCUUUAGGGCUGCAGGAUCUCAGCCAGCAAGUGCCUAACACGGAAACAGACUGUGCAGGGCUAAGUCACACCAGUGAUGAAGACCACCAACCUAGUGCCACGUUACACAGAAAGGGGCUCUCUACCACCCACCUAACUCUAAGCACAGACCACAUUGACUUCUUCAGUGCCAGAGAGAAGUUUCAGGGCCUUUCUCAGGAGGGGCAAACACAUGGGACUGAACAGACAGCGCUGCAGACACCUCGGGACAAAAGUCCAAGUGUAGAGACAAAGCACCUAGUUCCUGACUACCCCAUUAAAGAGGAAGAGCAGAAAAAGGAGAGCUGCAGUGUCUCAGUCCAUAAUAUAGUUCCAGAUAUGGAGUCCAUACGGCACAUUAUAACCCCUCCCCCUACUCCUACCAGCCAACCUAUUUACUGUAGCAGUGAGGAAGAGGAGUUAGCUCAAGACACAUCAAUGGAAGCUGAAAUGGAGAAAGUGGAUCACAGGAAAGACAUGCAAAGCAACUGGCCAAAGGGAACUGUGCGCCGAGCUACCAGAGAGCUAGAGCAGAAGAUCAAGCAGAAGGUCUCGUCAACGGCACAGGCAUCCUCGGCCCCCAUGUGUUCCUCACGACGCUCUCCCGUCAACACCAGCACCAUAGAGAGAACUGAGGAGACCUCACCCCACACACACCUCACACCUGAUCCAAGCACUGUGUCAAGUCACUAUCACCAGCCUCAGAACAUUGUAGAGAAGAUGGAGAAAAAAGAACGUUUAGCCGAUGAGGAGAGAACAGGAAGUGAGAGUGAGAGAAGACUCAGGGAGGGAGAGCACAAGCACACCGGCUUUUUCAGGUCAGAUAUGAGCCUCAUCCACUCAAGACAAAGCUCAUCUUCAGCUGGGGUUGUUCAGCUGGAGGGAAUCACGGAGCAGGAGAGUUGCACAGACUCAGAUUGUCCUUCUAGUCGCUGUCCUAAGGACAUGAGGGAAACUUGGGAGACCCUGAAAGAGCUCGGGGCGUUCCUCUGGAAGGUGAGUGGCUUCUCAGACAAAAGGCUUAGCCAACCAUGGUCGAGAAGGGAGCAGAGAAAGAGCCGGGCUGAGCGAGAGAGGACCAAAGAGGUGGAGGCUCGGAUCCGUCAGGCCGGGCUGACACCACCCUCAAAGAUGAAGCGAUCGGCCUCAUUGGCCAAGCUUGGGUCGUUAGAGCUCUCUCCCAUUGACCUAAGCAAGCUCGAUAUGAGUCCCACCUUACUCACUACUUCCAUCAAUAAGCCACGGCCCCAUUGCUAUUGUGAUGAUACCUCAAAAAAGAAGCGAGUUGUUCCCCUUUGCAAUCCCGAUCUCCCUUCUUCGUCCACAUCGCCUGUUUCUUCCUCUGGAUCGAUGAUGCUUGGACACACCGAGGAUUGUAAGACUGAAGAGGCAGAACGUAGUGACUGUGAUGUCAUGCCACUGCCACUCUCCCCAUCGUCCAAUCAGUGUCGGGGGCAGGAUAACGCACAGGAUGCAUUGCUAUCUGUGGCGACACGCCAACAGUACGGGAGAACACAUCCCUUGCGGAGGCUGAAAAAGCGAACCGUUAACCCUUACCACACUAUGUGACUCUUACUCUGUUUUUAUGCCUGUAUGUCAGUACGUUUACAUGCGCUUUUAUAAUCGGGCUACAGCGGGUUUUUGCGUAGUCUAGGUACAGUCUUCAUCUGUUUAAGUAUACAUGAUUAACCUAUGCAUAAUCGAAAAUUUGAAGGAAGGACAUCAGCUGAGGACAGUGUCAGAACUUAACCUUUUAAUGGCCAAUAUUUGCCCCUGGAUUUAAUUUUUUGGGGCAUUUUUUUUUUUUAACUUUUUAUAAGGGCUUUUUUUCUUACCAUUUAAAACAUACUGUGUCUCAUUUGAUUACUUUUAAUCAGUUCAUUAACACAAAUUGUCAAGAUUGAGAAUUUAUUACCUCUUACCCUAUAAAUUAAAUCAACAUCAACUCACAUUUUUUGCAAUAAUAUUUUUAAAUAGGACUAUAAUCGAACAUUUAGAACUGUAUAAGAUGUUACAAAUAAGAAAUAGAAUUAAACAGAACAGUAGAAGGCUUUUUCUUUUGUUUGUUUUUUUGCCCUGGCAUUUGGAAUUUUGGGGGCAUUUUUGGUGACAUUUUUGCCCUGAGUCCCUCUUAAUUUCAGACCCUGGCUUAGGAAGUGUUAAAUAUGAAUGUGCACAAUGGCGAGGCCAGUUGUGGUCUGAUUAACGUGUAUGCUGGACAAAGCUAAGGUACAAUUGCAUUAUCUAGGUCUGCUAGUACAACUUCCCAAAAACUGACUAAAGCGUUUACAAGAAGAAUUAUUGUUUUAGGCCAACUGAAAUUGAACUUUUAAAGUGCAUGUAAACAUACUGUGUGUGUUUGUGCCUGCCAGUGUGAGUCAUUGAUUAACCACUUGCCAUGCAUACCUCAGUGGGCCUUAAAAUUGCAAGGAAGAUUCAUAGUGUGCAGACUUUUUAGGGCACGAAAUUGAAUGUGUUGGUGGGGUUGAUGGUCCAUAGAAUAGGAGUCCUGUAAUCCUGACACAUCAUUUGAGUAGAAAAUUCGCUGCUCUGGAAGAACAAUACAUUCCCAUGACUGAUGUACUUUUUGCACAAUGUCUAUCAAGUUGCUCGUUGCAUACAAUAAUGGUAGUAAAUUUGCCACUUUUUCCUUUACCUCUCAGUCUAUGAACAGAUACCACAAAAUGCUCUCUGCUGAAUUGGUAUGUAUUCUGAAGAGUGUGUGUGUGUGCGCACGUGUGUGUGUGUGUUGAGGACUGAAAAAGAGCUAUAGAGGAGUACAUGUUUAAAUGCAUUCAGAAAUGAGUGAUAUGUAAUUGUGAGUGUAAAAUUAUUACAUAUGUGAGAUUAUUAUGUGUAUGCAUGUGGGUCUAAUGAGAAUGGGGUCAAUUCUGUGGUACUUGUAGAAUGUAGAGUUUAUGGGCCUCAGUGUGCGUAUGUAUAUUUUGUGGAUGUGUAUGACAUGUAUACUUCAGUGUGGGUGUGUGCACAUUUUCUGUCCGUUUUAAACUCCAGUGCAGUUUCCUCCUUCAGCAUUUUCUGUUUUGUUAUAGAUUUAAAAAAUGUAGGGGAUUUUAAUAUGCACUUUUUAUCAUUGUUUUACAUGUUUUUUUUAAACUGUGUAUUCUGGAAGCAUGCUUGCAGAGUAUGUAUUUAGAGUUUCUUGUAAGGGUGUUUGUUGUACAAUGCAAAAAAAGAAAAAAACAGAAAUGUGUCUUUCUGUUCAUUGUAAGAAUGGAAAUUUUUUUUCUCUUUAUCGUGCUUAAACUGUGACAAUUAAAAUUUUAAAAGCACAA